AUGUUGAUCGUCUGCGGAGCUGUGAGGAGGCAGCACUUUCUCCUCUCGCUGGUUGCCAUGAGCCUCGGGGCAUUGGUGGCGGUUGGCGGCCGCUACGUCAUGGACGCACCUAGGUGGGUGAGCCUCUUGGGCCUCUUCGUCGCCAUUACUGGGGCCGCCCAGACGGUUUGCUUCUUGGUGCAGCUGCAGAUGUAUGGCUGGAGAGAAGCGAAG